UCAGAUAAGAUUGAGCAUCCUACUUAGAAAUAUUGUUUUACAAUGUUUUAUCAUGAGGAGCGUGCUUUCCAUUCAGACAACAGAAUGGAUUCAUACCCCAACAACAAGAUUAACAGAAGGAGAUGUGGAAUGUUUUUCUGAAUACAUGGAGAUGUGGAUACACAGUGUGAGGAUUGAAGGGUUGGGACUCUGGCUGUCUGGGGCCUUACAGAUCCAAGUCAACCUUGCUUCACUGGAUCACCUAAACCCCCAGCUGUCUGCCUGUGGAUUCUCACUGCACAAAGACCCGGACAAGAACUUUAUUUUUAGAGUCAGUUACGCUGGAUGUUUCGUCCAGCAACGGAAUGGCUAUCACGUCCUGACACUACAUUUGGUGAAGAGGAUAAACCGAUUCGGGGGAAGACCUCAUAGUUUCAUGAUGAAGUGUCCCGUGGUUUCUGUACUGCCAAGCAGAGAACAAAUCCAGUGUGACCCAGAGUUUAUUCAGGUGACCAGACAAGUUCUCUAUGACAACUGGGACAACAAGUUGCAUUGGUCGCUGUCUCUGAGCGAUCAACUCAUUGUUGCUCUGGAGGAUGCUAGCCUGAUCCAGAUGAACGUUGACAUGAGCGGACCAGACAUUACAGUUCAAGGCAGGAGAAGGGAGGUCUUGAGCCCUGUCGAAGUAAGCGUAUGCAAACAGCAUCCUGCCACCUAG